CAAGAAUCAGAUACAUGAAGAGUCCAGGAUCAGUUUGAUUCCAAUUCAUCAAGACUCGGCUGAAUCAAUUCAGCUUCCCCACACGUUUGCAGCCACGUGGGAAGGAUCAUGCCUGGCUGUUCCCGUGAGAAAAGACUAUUAGAAAAAGAAAUGAUCGUGAAUGCAUGCACCUACCGGCAAAUCAUGGUCAUCCAAGGUUUCUAAAAGAGUGGUGGAUGGGGAAACGCAAUCCUAACCGUCCACGUACGAAUCUGUCAUUAGAGAGAAGGACAAGUGUCCUGUAAAGGGAACAGCAUCUAACAUUAAAUUAUUCAUUUGGGGGUCCGCUGGUCGUAAGCAGAGUAGAGGAAGGAAGGGACCAAGAAAAAGCUUCCGAUCAAUCUCAAUCUCUCCGUCCCCCUCGUCACCGACCUUUUCCGUAGAUUCCCCAAAGCUCAGUAAAACCUUAUCUCCAACAAGGAAACACGUCUUUGUGUUUCUCUCGCAACCGAUUCACUUCUGUGGAGUCUUCUUUUCUGGAUUUGGGAAGAACGGUUACAGUGUCUAAACCCCGCUCUGAAAUCUGAAUCGCUUCUGCCUUCUGAUAAUAUAUGGAGAAUUCGAUGGUUCUCGCCCACGAAACUCAACCUCAUCGGGACUUUUCUGCUUCUUCUCUAAGAGAUGUCAGUUACAGCUGUGGUUCUUGUGGGUACGAACUAAAGCUUUGCUCCUCUAAUCGGAACACAAAGAAUAUAGGCUCCAAAUAUGGGAAAAACAUAAAACGCGGCGUCAUAUCAUUUCUCCAAGUCGAUGAGAGUAGAUUUACCCUGGUUGAUGAGUUCAAAUGUAUACCCUACUUCAUCUCCAGGCACUCUUGGGGUUUGUUCUGCCACAGAACCAAACUUCUUUGCCGUAAGUGUAGCAACCAUGUUGGCAAUGCUUAUGUCAGGAAGUCUCCUUACCCACUUGUGUUGGAUGAAUCGGAUUCUGCCCCAGCCCCAGCCACAGCCACCACUGACAUCUCCACUUGUAGAAAAUAUGACAUUCGACUCCGUGCCCUGCAGCCCUCAUCUUCUGAGCCCUCUGCCAUUCCGCUUCUCACCUGAUCUGCAGAUUCAAACCAAGAAUAUUCUUAUGAGGGACUGUAUAGCAAUUGAGUCCUUUGUUUUUGGUCUUGGUUUUCUGCUCUUUUGUAUUACUAGAUAGAUGGUGAGUCGGUGACUUGUAAAUAUCAGUUUCCCAGACUGGAUUAUCAAAGUUUAUUUUUACACUUCCAGUAACUUAUAAAUAACGCGGUCGAUGUGAUUUCUUGUCA